AUGGCUUGUACCCAGGGAUGUAUAGUGUUCCUUAUGUUGGUGAUACCGAGCUUGGUCACAGGGCAGCUUAAAUACUCGGUGAGGGAAGAGUUAAAUCAUGGGGCGUUUGUAGGUAAUGUGGUUAGUGACCUGGGCCUGGACCUCAAGCAGUUACCCACCAGGGGCUUUCGGAUCACCUCCGGUAACAGCAAGCAGUAUUUUGAUGUGAACCUGGGGAAUGGGGUAUUGUUUCUUAAUAGAACCAUAGAUCGUGAAACCUUGUGUGGGCCCAGCACCCCCUGUGUGAUCAACCUGGGGGUGGUCAUAGAAAACCCAGUGGAGGUGCACAAUAUCGAGGUGGAAAUACUAGACAUCAAUGAUCAUGCUCCUAAAUUUCCUAGAAACGACUACUAUCUAGAGAUUAGUGAGUCAGCCGUCCCUGGGGCCAGGUUCCCCAUCGAGAGCGCACAAGACCCCGACAUAGGCACCAAUUCCAUACAGACCUACAAGUUAAGUGACAACGAUUACUUUGCGCUUGACUUAAAGACUUUCAAUGGCAAUAGCAAGCUGAUUGAGAUAGUGCUGAAGAAGUCCUUAGACAGGGAGCAGAACGCUCUCCAUCAGCUGCUUCUCACAGCCAUAGAUGGGGGGAGCCCUGCAAAAUCAGGCACGGCCCAAAUUUCUAUAAGGGUGAUGGACACAAAUGACAACACCCCGUUUUUUGAUAAGUCUACCUACAAGGCCAGUCUGCUGGAGAACUCGCCAACUGGUACCUUAGUUGUGAAGUUAAAUGCAACAGAUCCAGACGAAGGGUCAAAUGGGGAGGUGACGUAUUCCUUCAGCAGUUACACGCCCCAGAAAGUAAGACAGUUAUUUAGUAUCGAACCGAGAACUGGAGAAAUAAAGGUGAACGGUGUUUUAGACUAUGAGAAAUCGUCAUCCUAUGAGAUCUAUAUCCAAGCCAUUGAUAAAGGCCCGGUUCCGAUGACGGGGCAUUGCAAAGUGUUGGUUGAGGUGAUCGAUGCUAACGAUAACGCUCCGGAGAUAAUGGUGACUUCAAAUUAUUCUCCAGUUGCCGAGAACUCGCAAGUAGACACCGUUGUGGCUUUGAUGAGUGUAACAGACAAGGAUUCAGGGAUAAAUAGAAAGGUUAGUCUCACCAUACCGCCAAAUCUUCCAUUUAAGCUGAACUCCUUCAAGGACACCUACAAACUCUUAACCGACGGCAAACUAGACCGUGAAAAGUGCUCUUCUUAUAAUAUUACAAUAACGGCUACGGACUCUGGGGUCCCACCUCUGUCUUCUCAGAAAACACUUUAUGUGCAAAUCUCAGACGUGAACGACAACCCUCCAGUAUUCGAGGAGUCCUCCUACUCCGUGUAUGUUCUGGAGAACAAUCCUCCGGGUGUCUCACUUUUCUCCGUAAAAGCCAUAGAUCCAGAUGCCAAUGAGAAUGCAUUUGUAUCUUACUUACUUCUCCAAGGAGACGUCGAAGGCGUUCCCGUGUCCUCCUAUGUUUCCAUUAAAUCGGACAACGGCACCAUAUAUGCUGCUCAGUCUUUAGACUAUGAAAAGUUUCGAGAGUUUCGCUUGAUCGUUCAGGCACAAGACGCCGGGAACCCUCCGCUCAGCAGCACCGCCAUCGUAUAUAUCUUCAUCUUAGACCAAAACGAUCACGCCCCAACAAUUCUGUAUCCAGCUCCUACCAACAGUAAAAGAUCGAUUGAGAUGAUUCCACGGGCGGCAGGGGUUGACUAUCUUGUCACAAAAGUCAUCGCAGUCGAUGCCGAUUCGGGUCAAAAUGCUUGGCUGUUUUAUAAUAUGGGCAAAGCCACCGAUCCAAAACUUUUUAAGGUGUCUCUACAUACAGGAGAAAUAAGGACUACCAGGAAAGUAGCAGAUGACAGCGUUAACAGCUACAACGUGACUGUCAUAGUAAAAGACGACGGGGAGCCGCCUCUUUCUUCAUCUACCACGAUAAGCAUUGCAAUAGUCGAUAGGAUUUCAAAAAUCAUGCCCAACUCACAACGGCAUGAGGGAAACAAGACAAGCUAUUCUGAAAUGACAAUUUAUUUGAUUAUUGCACUGUGCGCUAUCUCCUUUGUGUUUCUUUUAACUCUGAUCAUCAUUCUUAUUCUAAAAUGCUGCAAGUGUAACGGCAACGCUGCUCCCUGUUGUGCGUGUUGUUGCGUCGUUCCCAGUCCCAACCCUACAGAGGCGGACAAACAAGCAAACAAUAACAUUGAGACCAGGCUGCCGCCGGGAUUACAAGUGCAACCUCACUUUAUAGAAGUUAGAGGGAACGGAUCCCUCACCAAGACCUACUGCUACAAGGCCUGUAUGACGGCAGGAUCUGGAAGUGACACAUUCAUGUUUUAUAACACUGGGAUUCCCGUAGGGACAGGCCCGCAGGCGUUUAUGGCGGACAGGAAUAUGAAGAGAAUGAGUGGACAAAGCUUUCAAAACUUAAUCAUCUUAAAAAGUGAAACAACUACUCCUGUGGAGCCGAAACAUCCUAACCCAGACUGGCGUUACUCUGCAUCACUAAGAGCGGCAAUGCAGGGUGCUGUACAUAUGGAAGGGGCAGCCGUCUUACGUGGCUCAGUGGUGGGACUCGAACAACAGUGGCCAACGGGUUCCAGUGCAGCAGCAGUGCUGGAACCAUAUGGCGGUGACGUGUCUACCCCGGGAGGAGCUGGUGCAAAUUCCAACAUUUGGUCCUUCAAAUACGCGCCUGCCAAUCCCAAACAACCGGUACCGCAAAUACCGCCGGAUUGUCCGGAGAAUUUUGUCAUCCCGGGAUCCCCAGCCAUCAUUUCGAUCCGCCAGGAUCAACCCACAGACCAAGGUCAAAAAAAUAACUUCAUAACCUUUGGUAAAAAAGAAGAAACCAAGAAGAACAAGAAGAAGAACAAGAAGAAGGGAAACAAGAAUACCCAAGAGAAAGGAGAUAACGCGACUGACGGCAACGAUCAGUGA